GUGGAUCAUGUAGUACGUAAUUGAGCUAGUUCAGUGUUUUUGCGAACGUUAAAGGGUGCGUUAGGAGGGUGCGUGUCAAAGUGGUCGGCAUACAAUUACUUAUUUCGUGUUCAAAUUUACGAAUACCUUAAGAUAUGUUUUUUUGAGGUAUGAUGCUAUGUAGCACGUAAAUGAAGCGACGGCGUAUAGCGCGGUCGCAUGUUAAAAGAAUAUCGCUUGUAAGAACGAUGAGAAUGGCGCGCAAAUGCUGCGUGCGUAGCUGUGAGGCUGAUGUGCAAGAUGCGCGUACUAAAGGGUUACCGCUUCAUAAAUUUCCAAAAGAUGUUACUUUGAGAAACAAAUGGUUAGCUAGUGGUGGAUUUGAAGCGACUUUUAAACCUUCACCAGGUCAAGUUAUUUGUCACAAGCAUUUUAAACGAGCCGAUUACGAAGCUGCAAAAGGGCAUAAAUUUGUUCUACGUAAAGGCAGUGUUCCAUCGGUUUUUACAGACUAUGACAAUCAUCCGGAUCCUGUGAUUAUGUCUGUGAAAUCAUCAACUUCUUAUGCACAGGAAGAUUUGGAUCUUAUUAAUUCUGAAAUUCUAAAUUUAGAACAGUCUAUUUCUCCAAUGAAUUCUGGUUUAAAGACAUUAAAAUCUGAUAAUUAUAAAGAAACAUGUAUUUUUCAAUCAAAAUUAUCAGUUGAGUCCUGUAAUUUACUAGAUUCAACAGAAUUAGUUGAUAAUGGAUGUAAGAAUUUAAAUAUAAAAGAAGAAAAUACGUAUCCUGUGACAGAAGAGAUAAAUAAAAAUUCAGAAAUAGAAGUAAAUACUAUGGCAGUGCAGUUAGGUAUUGUUGAAUCUAACAUAGCAAUGAAACACAUACAAAAAGAUUUAGUUAUUAAAGAGGAAGAACUGAAAAGUAUGAAAAUAGAAGAUGAAAAAGUUUUUGAUAAACCGGAAGAAUUAAAACCAAAAAUUUUUAAUCGGGGUGGAUUAAAAUUUUUUCCUGGAGCUAAAUUAGAAGCAAAAGAUUUCAAUGAAAAAUGGUAUUCAGCAAAAGUCGUUGAAACUGAUUGGGACGAACGAGAAGUAUUGAUACGUUUUGAUAAAUGGAGUUCAAAAUUUGAUGAAUGGAUACCUAUGGAUAGUUCAAGAUUACGUGUAUUGCAAACACAAUCAAAGGAAGCAAAAAUGAGAGACUUUUCAGUGGGGGAAAGGAUACUUGCUACAUGGGCUGAUGGUAGAAAAUAUCCAGCUAAAGUAAAUGCCGUCUUAGGAAACGCAAUCUAGUCAAACUGAAGAAUACAUCGGAAGCAAGCAAGAAAGAAGAGAUAAAAAAAGGAAGCACACGGUGAUGGAAUUAUUUCAUACACAUUAUAGAAAACGUUCAAAAACUGACACAGAUAAAUUAACAAAAAAAGAAGGAAUUGUAGUUAAUGAAAAUGCAGAAUGCUUUUCAGAAAAUAAAAUUGAUUUGGAUGGAACUUUAUUUGGACCUUGUUAUGAUCCAGGCACAGAUUUAUUGCGUGGAUUUGAUACUAAUGUAUCUAGAAUAAAAGCUCAUACUAAAAAAAAUAAGAAAGAAGUACCUAAAAAUGAUAUAGAUCAGGUAGAAGAUGUUGGUCCUGAAUGGAUAGAUGGAGAACCUCAAGGAACUGAGUCUUAUAUAGUCGAUGGAAAUGAUGGCCCACGUCGGUCAAUAAUAGUUGCAGACAAAAGAUUACCACCUGGAUGGCAAAAACAUUUUACUCAGAGAAAAGCUGGGACAUCAGCUGGAAAGUGGGAUGUCUUAUUUCUUCAUAAAUCUAGUGGGAAGAAGUUUAGAUCAAAAAAUGAUAUUAGAGCAUUUAUGGAAAAUCAAGGACAAUUUGAUUUUGAUCCAGAAAAAUUCGAUUUUUGUAUUCAUCGGAAAAAGAAAAAUCAAAGUCAAAAAGUAAAACAAGAUAUUGUUAUAGAUACUCCCAAAAAAAUUAAAACUUUAUUACCUAAAACAAAAGCAACAGUAAUUGAAAAUUCCUUACCUGUUUCCUCCAGUGUACCAGUUACAACUUUAGUAUCUACAUCAAAUACAGCUAUUAAAGAUGGUGCUGUCUUUAUUGGUGGACUUCGAGUAGAAAUGGAAGACAGUGCUUAUAAAUGUCCAAAACAAGGAUGUAGUAAAACAUUUAGAAAGGAAAAUCUUUUACAAAUGCAUAUAAAGCAUUAUCAUCCAGAAUAUUCAAAAUUUUUGGGAUGUACACCAAAUGUUGCAGAUUUAGCUUAUGCAAGAACAAUUGGAGAAUCUGUUGAAGAUAUUAUUCCAAAAAAAUCAAAUAAUUUAUUAGAGAAGUGUAAUAAAUUUUCAAAGAAAAAGUUUAUUCAAGAUAAAUCAUAUGUUUCAUCACCUUCUGCAACAAGUGCUGUUCAACCUAUAUCACCAACAACUAUACCGACAACAGUAGAAAUAGAGGAUGAAGCAAACCAAAUAGAAAAAAGCAAUGAUAUACAGAGAGAAGAUAUUAAAAUAGAAAGAAUGUCUCCGAAUUCUAAUCAUAGUUUAGAUAUGGAUGAUGAAACUGAGAAAAAACGAGAAGAUACAUGUGCAAUGUCACCUGGAACAUUAUUUGAUAUGAAAAUUAGAGAAGAAAAAACACAAAGUGGUAUUAAGACACUUCUUCCAAUAAGACCAGCCUUGUCUUCAGAAGCACAGCGAAUUGAUAGAUCAAAAUCUGUAGAUGAAGCUAUUCACAUCGACAAAAUGAAAGGUCAAAGGAAACGACAAUUAUCAGAAUACAGCUCUGAUGCAUCCAACAGGGGUAAAAAACGGCAUGGCAUUCAAGAAUUUCCAGAAGAAUAUGGUGAUUUAGAGGAUAGUAAUAUGGAUAUAGAAGGGGCAGGAUCAAAUUCACUUAUAUAUAGAUAUAGUCGUAGAAAAUCAGAUUCAAGAAGUGACGAAAAUAGUCAAAGUAAGAAUGAAGGAGUUAUGAUGAUGAUUAAUGGUGAAAUGGUAAAAGUGGAACAACUUCGUAGAGAAGAAAUAAUAAAUUGUACUUGUGGGUUUAUGGAAGAAGAUGGAUUAAUGAUUCAGUGUGAUCUUUGUUUAUGUUGGCAACAUGGUCACUGUAACGCAAUAGAAAAAGAAAAGGAUGUACCUGAAAAAUAUGUUUGUUUUAUUUGUCGGAAUCCAUACCGCCAACGGUUAUCUAAAAAAUAUUUUCACGAUCAAGAUUGGAUAAAAGAGGGAAAAUUACCAACAUUAUCUAAUCGAACAAAAAAUCAACAUCGGGUUAAUCAAAGAACAGCUAUGUUAAAACGUUCUUAUGAUUUAGUUACUGCUCUUUUACAGAUACAACAAGUUUUGCACAGUUUAAGAGUAAAGAUUAAUGUAGCUCAAAAAAAAGAUCAUCCAAAGUUAUACCUUUGGGCCAAGAAUUGGGAAAAAACAGAAGUACCAAAACCAAAUGUGACGCCAAUACCAAUAAUGGAAAUUAUGAAAUCAGGAAAAGAUUGCAUAGAUACAAGUGAAGGUGUUCAACCAAUUGAAGUAAAAACAGAAAUAAAAUUCAAUUUAAAAGAUGAUCAGGAUGAAAAAUCAAUAGCCUCAGAUUCAGAAUUAAUGAAGAUAUUAGAGGAAGAUAAUAUAACUUCGGAUGAAUCUAAAAUUAGUGGUAAAAAAGAAGAUCUUACACAUCAAACUAAAAGUCAUAUUCUUCUUGAUGCACUUACAAAAAAUGAUGCUUCAGAAGAAAAAUAUAUGAACUCAGAGAUGAAAACAAAUACAGACUACUUAACCAAUCAAUCAAAUAUGUCUGAGGAUAAUAUAUCAACCUCAACUAUGUCAGCAAAUCAUAUGCAUGAAGAACUUAGUGAACCUGAAAUAUCAGCCCCAUUGCAACCUUUUAUACCACAACCAGAAGCGCCAAUUGAUGCAGGAGAAUGUCGAAUGCGAUUAUUAGAACAUAUAGAACAUUUUCAACAUCAUAUAGAUGCAAAAUUAACAUUCAUUGAGGCAGAAGUUUGUGGUUGGUAAAUUUUAUCAAAAAAUUCUAUAUAUUGCUAAAAAAAAUUGAAUAAUCUAAAUAAUGUAAAUAAAGAAUUAAAUAAUCUAAAUAAAAAUUAAUAAUCUUAUAUAUAGAUUAUAUAUAUUAAUAAUUUUCUAAAUAUCUUAUUAUCAUAUAUGUAUGUUUGUAGCUUUAGAAGCUAUGGAUCCCGAAGAUUCAUCUGCUUCAGAUGUUCAGCCACGAACUAAACAGACGGUUCAAAUGCUUGUUCGAGAUUUAAAUACAGUACGAAAAUUAGCUGCUUUAUGUUGAAUAUAAAUUAUAUUUUUAAAAAAUUAUAUAAAUAAAAUUUCUAAAAAUAUGUAUGUACUUGUAAAAUUUGUACAAAUCUGAAAUUUAUUUUUUAUAAUAUUGACUAUUAUAAAUAUAAUUCUUUAUAAUUUGAUUGAUAUUUUAUUAAGACUUAUAUAUAAUUAUUAAGACUUAUAUAUAAUUAGAAUACCAUACAGUUGUAUUUCACAUAUGUAAUAAGUAAUAAUGUUUUGUGUUUAGUUGAUUAUAAAAUUAUAUACAAAUAUAAUAAGUACUGGAAAAUUUUGUUAUUAUUAGAUUAUAAAUGCAUAUUUUUAUAGAAAAAAGAUAAAGAUAUGAAAGUUGGAUAGAAAUUUAUUAUGUUGUUUAAAUAUGCUAAAAAUUUAUUUAAAAAUAUUUUUUAGUUUACAUAUUUUGUGUCAUGCAUAUGUUUUGCAUAUUAAUGUUUAAAAGUUGUCAUAUACAUUGUAUAUAUAUUUUUUUGUAUUUAUCCGAUCAAUUUAAUCUGAUCAAUUUAGAUUAUGAAACAGUUGAAAUUCUCAGAAUUUUAAUAUAAUGUAUAAUGUAUAAUGUAUAAUUACGACUCAUACCGGUAUAGAGUGUAUAUGUAUAAUAAUAAUAAUAACGCGUAUCUAGUCAUGUAUCUAGCAUCAUUUGAAGAUCACAUCAAAUUGUUAAGAGUUGUAUUCUAAUCAUUUCAAUAGUUCUGUUGGACUAUUGCUAUAAUACGUGUAUUAGAAUAAAUGAUAUUGCCAAAUAUAGAUAUAUUGCUAAAUUUUGUAUUGCAUAUAAUUUAUCAUAUAUAAAGCUACAUUGUAUACAGAACAUUUCUAUAUCAAAAGGUACUACAUAUUUAUAUUGUAAAAACAAAAUUGAGCUCGUUUUAUAUAACAAUGUUUUACAACUCGCAUUAUUUGAUUAGAAAAACCUAAAACACUUUGUAUAUUACUAACAUAUUUUGCAUAUUUUACGUGCCUAUUUUUUUUUAUGCAUAUUUUGCAUAUAUUUUUUGCAUAUUUUACGUGUAUAAACAUCUGCAAUCUAGUUAUCAUAUAGAAGUCAUAUUUUCUAAAAUAACUAUAAUAAUAAUAUAAAUAACUCUUUAUAAAAAUGUUAAAAAAAAGAAUAUAUCUAUUUGUUAUUAUGAAUGUAUUGAAAUACUAUUUAAAGAUAUUAAAUUCGAAUAAAAUUAUAUUAAAGAAGGAAUGUAUUAAAUAUAUUAAAGAAGGAAUAAACCAAUUUUCUAAUUUUCAAUUAUCUAGAUUUUCCAUUUUAUCUCAAAUACAGUGUUAUACAUUUACAAAAUAAUACGUAUUUAUGAAAUAUAUAAGUAUUCUUACGACUUAUUAAUUAUUACUAAGAAAUUAAUUAAAAAUGAAAAAUAAUAGAAUAUUAGUAAAAUAAUUUUUUGAUUAAUUUUAUUUUAUGAUAAGAAAAUUAGGAAGGGAAGUACUGCCGCCAUUAUAGUUCGGUGGAUGACGUCAAGAAGUAUAGUGGUAUACAAUCAUAGCGCACGAAAAACAAAGACGGUGAAAAUAUUGUCUGUAUUAAGAAGAGAGAACAGAAAAGCAUGUGUGCGCACGCUUAAGAACAAAAAAGAUAGUAAUAGAGUGCGAAGGCGGGAGAGGGAGGGAAUAGAGGCGUGCAGCAAAGCAGUACGACAGGACGUAGAACGGCCGCUGCCGUGGUGUUUGGGCUCGGCUCGGUUGUGCUGUAUUCGUUAUGACGAUGCGAUAAUCCAGCGCUUAGCGCUGUGACUGUGUAAUACGUGUUACUUGCCACUAUACAUUAUUGACAUUUAUAUUUCAUGAAAAAUUUGACGAUAACGUGAUGGAAGUGCAUUGUUUUCUAAUCUGAUUGGUAAACUGUUUCUUCGUUGAUCGUUACAGUCUUUUCGUACGCCAUGUGCCAUUGCUCUAUAUAUGUUUCCUUUCUCUUUCGAUCGUACUUGGUUAAAUUUUCAUAAAAAUAUUCGUGCAACUAGUUUACCGGUGAAUGAUUUUAAUAAAAAUUUCUAUUAGUGAUACUGGUGUUUUGUGCUAGUGCAAGUGCGGAGAAUAAUUUCCUUCUUUCUAUAUUUUUACAUUUUUGUCCAGCUUAAAUUGAAAGUCAUAAUAAGAACAAUAACUGAAGAAGCAGAAAAAAGGAUUUGCUGA